AAAACAAAAACCCCACUCCCAACCCCGCAAACCCCCCAAAAAAGAAGUUGUUUGAACCACGUCCAAACAUGAUCAUUUUGCAAAGGAGCCUGUGGAGUGACUGAGGCUACUUGUUGAUUUGGAAGCAAUGAGUUGUAGACGGCGGUAUUGGGAUCAAUGGGCACCGAAUGAGAGAAAAACAAACAAACAAAAAGCUGAACUGAUCACCAGUGGUUUGGUCCAAGACACUGUCGGCAACUUCUUCAGCUGUUGUCAUUCAGGAUGACUUCAGAAGUUGGCAUAGAUUCAACAUCUGUUGAAGCAGCUAGUGUUGGAGGAAAUAUAGGAGAAGGUGUCCCACUUAAAAAAGGUCCUUGGACUAAAGCAGAAGAUGCGAUGUUAAUUGAUUACGUCACAAAAUACGGGGAGGGGAAUUGGAGUUCUGUCCACAGGCGAACAGGACUUCCUCGUUGUGGGAAAAGUUGCCGUUUGCGGUGGGCAAAUCACCUAAAACCAGAUUUAAAGAAAGGUGCUUUCACUCCGGAGGAAGAGGAACUCAUAAUUGAAAUGCAUGGUAAAAUAGGAAACAAAUGGGCACGAAUGGCUGCCGAGUUCCCUGGCCGCACAGACAAUGAUAUAAAGAACUUCUGGAACACCAGACUAAAGAGACAACGGCGUGCAGAAAAACUUAUGGACCCUCCAGGUGUUUUUUUCCAGGAAUUUAGUGAGGACAAACAAAAUAAAGAGCUGGCCACAUCCUCCUCUGCAAAUUCAAAUCCUGCACUCUUGCCUAUUAACAAUUUUGAGAUUCCCACUGUGGAAUUCAAAAAUUUUGAACUUAGUCAGCAGUUUUAUUCUCCGGGGCUUCUUAAUAUUGGUUCUAGUAGCUUUCUUGAUAUUCCUGCAACUAGCUUACUGGAUCAGGGUUUCAAUUCUUCCUGGAAUAUUCGUUCUGUCCGCUCAACAGUUCAUCCAUCCAAGCGUAUACGGGAAUCAGAAUUUUGGUUCUCUGAUCUAAAUGUUGAUCUUUCUCAAGCUCACCAUCAAUAUCAAAAUAAUGGUUCUCUGUUUACUCAAUCCUUGGGGCUUGCUUCAUCGUAUACUCAUAGUCUGACAUCUUAUCACCACCCAUCAUUUUCAGUUGACAUUCCUGUUAACCAUGCCCCUUUAAAUGGCAACGCCUCUUCUUCAGUACCUAGCUGGGAGUAUACAAUGGAGCUCCCUUCAAUCCAAACUCCGAUGGAAAGUUGGGAUUCACCUUCCUCAAUUCCUUCACUUGAGUCCUUCAAUACUUUGAUUCAGACUCCUCCAAAUGAGUAUACUAAUUCGUGCAGCCUCUCACCCCGAAACAAUGGUCUAUUGGACGCCAUACUUUAUGGUUCACAAACAUCCAAAGCUUCAAGGAAUAAUUCAUAUCAAGAGACUUCUCGUGAUAUAGUACCUGAUUCUUGUCCUGUCCUCCGGCAGAUUCAAUGGGGAACUAACACUAACGCAAUCUCCCCUUCAGGUCAUUCUAUUACAUCGGUGUUAAAUGAAUACACCCCUAGCAGUGGAGGUUCAUUGGAGGAGCACCAGUCGAUAGCGCCUUUCAUUGGAUACGAUGUUAAUCAAGAGAUGGCUAACUUCGCUCCCACUGCUUGGAAUGACGAUACAUCAAACUACCAUUUGUUUUUGGGGACUGAUUGGUACUUUGAUCCAACUGUUUGGCCUCACAGCAGAAUGGGGUAAGAACCACAAAGAAAUCAAAUAUGCAUUUGGGGUCUGCUCCUUUUUUAUAGUUAUAGCAGGGACUUCAAGAAAAUAGCCAACUGAGUAGUCACAGUAUCUGGCGGUGGACGUGGUUGUUCUACCUCAACGAGAGCAUGAUUUCCGAACAUAAUUUUGAUAAAAAUGUAAUUUCCUCAGCUUGCACAGCAAUACAAGACAAUGUAACAUUUUGUGUCCUCUGUAAUCCUUUUCUGUUGUACUGCUGAAGCUGGUUUCUGGAUAUAAAAAUGUACGUAUUACCAGUGUUU